GUGUAAGGCUGAUAAACUGCACCUCUUGCAUUAUACCUUUCCUUUCUGCUUUUUAAUUUUUUUUUUGUUUCUAGCACAGCUUUUAUAGCUGUUAAAGAUCAGAGAAAGCAUCUGCCAGUUGCAUUUUCUUCUCUUUUUCUCCAUUCUUCUGCCUCGUGCAAGAUGGAGCUAGCAAAUGAAAUGAUCAGCUCCUCCAGCAAUUCUUCCACAGGCUCCAGAGAGUACAAGGUGGUGAUGCUAGGAGCAGGGGGAGUUGGCAAAAGCGCAAUGACAAUGCAGUUCAUAAGCCAUCGAUUCCCUGACUAUCAUGAUCCAACUAUAGAGGAUGCCUAUAAAACUCAAGUCCGAAUUGAUGAUGAACCAGCCUACUUGGACAUUCUAGACACUGCUGGACAGGCAGAAUUCACAGCCAUGAGGGACCAAUACAUGAGAGGUGGUGAAGGCUUCAUUAUCUGCUAUUCCAUCACAGACCGACAGUCCUUUCAAGAAGCUGCUGAGUUUAAGGAACUCAUUUAUCGUGUCCGGCACACCUAUGACAUCCCUUUGGUGCUGGUGGGGAACAAAAUAGAUCUUGAAGAGUUCAGACAGGUUUCAACUGAAGAAGGAAUAAGCUUAGCCAGAGAAUACGCCUGCUCCUUUUUUGAGACUUCAGCUGCUCUCCGCUUCUACAUUGAUGAUGUGUUUCAUGGAUUAGUGAGGGAAAUACGAAGGAAAGAGUCUUCAAUGUCUAUGGUAGAAAAGAAGAUGAGGAUAAAGGAUAGUCUGUGGCGCAAACUGAAAGGAUCCCUGAAGAAAAAAAAAGAAAGUACAACCUGAUAGCAAUUCUCCAUGAGCCACCCAUCAGGAGAGGAGCUGACAUCAGCAACCUGUAACAG